UUCACCCUGGCGGCCGGCGAUGAGCUGGGCGUUCCGGUGGCGUUUUUGUGGACUAUCAGCGCUUGUGGCUUCUUGGGUUACAUGCAUUAUGCUCAAUUGAUGGAAAAGGGUUACACACCUUUCAAAGAUGAGAGUUACUUCACAAAUGGGUACUUAGAAACAGAGUUGGAUUGGGUAAAAGGCAUGAAGGACAUACGUUUGAGAGAUCUUCCAAGCUUCUUAAGAACCACAAAUCCAGACGAAUUUAUGCUCAAAUACGUGAUACAAGAAACAGGGCGAGCCAAACAGGCCUCUGCAAUUAUCCUCAACACAUUCAAUAAAUUAGAGGAAGAAGCUCUGACCGCCCUUCAGUCAAUGCUGCCGCCGCCCGUCUACGCCGUCGGCCCCUUACAGCUCCUCCAGAGAGAAAUCGAGGACAAAACCGUAAAAUCAAUCUCAUCCAGCCUCUGGAAAGACGACGACGCCUGUCUCGGCUGGCUCGACAAGAACCAGCCGAACUCCGUCGUCUACGUGAACUUCGGCAGCAUAACGGUGAUGUCGCCCGACCAGCUAGUCGAGUUCGCGUGGGGGCUGACCAACUCUAAAAAACCAUUCUUGUGGAUCCUACGACCCGAUAUUGUCGCCGGGGAAGCGGCGAUUCUGCCCCCGGAGAUCCUGGAAGAGACGAAAGACAGGGGAAUGAUCUCGAGCUGGUGCCCGCAGGAGAAAGUCCUGAACCAUCCGGCGAUCGGAGGGUUCUUGACUCACUGCGGGUGGAAUUCAACUCUCGAGAGCAUAUAUAGCGGCGUGCCGAUGUUGUGCUGGCCGUUUUUUGCGGAGCAGCCGACGAACUGUUGGUUUUCUUGUACCAAGUUGGGGGUUGGGAUGGAGAUUGAUGGAAAUGUGGAGAAGGGGGCAGUGGAAAGGCUUGUGAGGGAAUUAAUGGAUGGGGAGAAGGGAAAGGAGAUGAAGAAGAAAGCCAUGGAAUGGAAGAGGUUGGCUGAAGAUGCUAUAAGUACCCCCAAUGGCUCAUCUUGUCUCAAUUUGCAAAGGCUCAUCAAUGAUCAUCUUUUAUCUCCAAAACGGUGUUAAUCACCACAUUCGUCUUGUUUGAAUUAUAUGAUUUGGUCUCUCCACCUUCUCAAAAAAAAAAAAACAGUUUGAAGAGCAAUUUGGAAUAUCGAGAAAUACUCCUUCGUACAUUUCAUCAAAGCAUUUCAAUACUUGUUUCUAAUUUCUCCAUAUACCUCUGUAGUUUCUCUGUUUUAUUUUAUUUUAACGUAACGAGAUUAACUCAUUAUUACUAGUUCACUUUCUACUUUUGCAUGUUAACUAAUCACUUUAACUGCUCAUUAUUGGUAAAACCUUGUACUUUCU